GAAGCUGCCGCGCACAGCAGUCGCGCAAAAAAAUCGUGAUCGCGUGUCGUCGCGUCGCAGAAGAGGGCUGAGUCGCAGCGCGCCAACCCAUUUGACAGCCACUCCAGCACGAUGGGCGAGACACUGUCGAAGCCGAGCGGUCCCACGUACCCGAUUACCUACGCGCCCGGCGCGUCGCGCGAGGGCAAGGUCUGCGUCGCGAUCGGCGGCGGCGGCGGGUUCAUCGGCAGCUGGCUCGCGCUCGACCUCAAGAAGAAGGGCUUCUACGUCAUCGCGGCGGACUGGAAGAAGAACGAGUUCAUGGAGGUGCCCGAGUUCUGCGACGAGUUCCACCUCUGCGACCUGCGGCUCCAGGCGAACUGCCUCAAGGUCGUCGACGGCUGCCGCGACGUCUACAACCUCGCCGCGGACAUGGGCGGCAUGGGCUUCAUCAAGUCCAACGAGUCCGUGCUCAUGUACAACAACACGAUGAUCUCCUUCAACGUGCUCGAGGCGGCGCGCUGCAAGGGCGUGAAGCGCUACUUCUACAGCUCGAGCGCGUGCGUCUACAACGACGACCUGCAGCUCGACCCGGACAACCCGGGCCUGAAGGAGGCCGGCGCGUGGCCCGCGAAGCCCCAGGACACCUACGGCCUCGAGAAGUUGUACGCGGAGGAGAUGGGCAUCGUCUACGGCCGCGACUUUGGCAUCAAGUUCCGCUGCGCGCGGUUCCACAACGUCUACGGCCCGCGCGGCACGUGGAAGGGCGGCCGCGAGAAGGCGCCCGCGGCCUUCUGCCGCAAGGCCGUCUGCGCCACGUCGGAAUUCGAGAUGUGGGGCGACGGCAAGCAGACGCGGUCCUUCAUGUUCAUCGACGACUGCGUCGAGGGCAUCCAGAAGAUCAUGGACUCGGACUGCGAGCAGCCGCUGAACCUGGGCUCCGACGAGAUGAUCGACAUGAACGACUUCGCCAAGCUGGCCCUCUCCUUCGAGUCCAAGGAGCUGCCCAUCAAGCACAUCCCGGGGCCCGAGGGCGUCCGCGGCCGCAACAGCGACAACACGAUGAUCAAGGAGAAGCUCGGCUGGGCGCCGUCGAUCCCCGUCGCCGUGGGCCUCAAGAAGACCUACUUCUGGAUCAAGGACAUGGUCGAGAAGGACAAGGCCGCGGGCAUCGACACGGCCAAGCUCGGCGUCUCCGAGAUCGUCGUCCAGAAGACCGACGAGCUCGACGAGCUCGCGAAGAACGCCUAGGGACCGCCGCGCCUCCGCCGGGCCGCGAACACCGCGCGCGCCGCGGGUCCCCGCGCCGCGCCCCCCGCCCCUCACCUAACGCGCCGCCCUCCGUUCUC